AUGCGUGCGGCCACACAGCAGCGCUCGCGCCGCCGCCGCCUCACGUCGGCCCUCUACCAUGCCUCGUUCACAGUGUUCCUCCUUCUCUUGGCCGCGCUCCUCGUCGGCUCGGCGUGGGGACUGGGCGAGCAGGCAUGGCGCACCGACCACCAAAGGCGAUGGAAUAUGUUCGCCCUUAUCGCGGCAUACGUUGCACUGGGUAUGAUCUCGAUCAUUCACAUGUGGUCGCGUGUCGUCUCGGUCAAGUUGAUUCUUCGCACAAUGCCAAAGCCCUACAUGCCGAUCAAGCAAGUUGACUUGCCAAAGAAAGUUGCAAACCACAUUGCCACAGAGUACUCUCGCACAUCCGUCGUGGCGUAUAUCUCACAGGCGACGGCAGCCGCCCAGGAAGGCUGGGGUCGACUGGGGACCAAGUGGGGCGGCGUGCACUUUCGCACAUACAUUCUGGGCACUGUACCCGAGAUGCGUGAGUCGUUCGCCUGCAAGGCAGGGGGUCGGCAAGCCAGGUCUGCUGAGGGACAUCCCGGAUCAGCAGUCGACUACCUGGACGUUGUCUCUCUGCCCUCGGCCCAGCAUUUCUUCCAACCCCAUACUGACUCUCCAGGCGAGAUCCUCGCACCCAAAUCCAAAGCUCCACCCCUCAACACCACCGCCCUAGUCGAUGCCGCCGACGCUCUGGCCGACCCCAACGACAGAGGCAAACCCAACCCAUUGCGCAUCUUUGUGGCAUCGUACGCGUCCAUUGUUGACCGAGCGCGUUACGCCCGCGCCGAGCCGACGGAGAGCGAUGCAGCGGCCGUGGAGAAGGUGGUGGCCUUUGUGAGGAAUUUGGUUGAGGUCAAAAAGCAGCGGCGAGAAAGUAAGCAGUAG